CUUAGAAGUUUGGGGUGGUGGUGACCUGGGAGAGGGCCCCAUAAUUGUCUAACUCCUUGCCCCAUGUUGGUGCAUCGAGCCCCUUAACUACGCAGCUUUUGGCUGAAGACACAUCUCUUCACCCUGGCUUUUGACUCUUGACAUGUGUAUUUUCAGAACAUGCCUUAUUUUGUAAUUUUAAGUUGUUUAAAACUGUUUUAAAUAUUGUGUAAAACUGAACUUUAAAAUUAUUGUUGUUUUUAAUUGUUGUAACCUACCCUAGGAUCUCAGGAUGGGGGGCGGGGUAAUGAAGUGUGUGGUAAUAAUAAUAACUGUAUAGAAUUGCACUGUUAAACUUAUAAAUGAAUUUCAAUUUUAAUAUAUUUAUAUGAUAUUUAUAUGUAUACCCAUACACACACUUCGUUUAAUAUAUCAUGUCCUAUAUCUGAAUGAAAAUGUGAAAGAGGGGGGAAAUAAUAUGUAAAGGGUUUAAUGGUGUGUAGGAGAGAAGCACUUUGGAACGCGGAGACAAAUCGCUUGAUAAAUGCCAAGAAACAUUUUCCUUAAAAAGAAAAAAAAAAUCUGCACCCACUCUUAUCCUUGGUGUGUGCAAAAACGAGAGGAACGGCUGACAAAACAGAGGUAUCAGCCGAUAAAUUAACUGCGCGCUGCUGACAGGUCUACUCAGGAGUAAAUCCCAAUCGCUGGUUUCAAGGUAAAUGCACGAUGCAAGGCUGCAGUUCGGUUAACCAUUUCUGAGAGGGGAGGGGAGAGAGAAAAUUGGUGCGGACCGAUCCCCUGCGCGUUUACUCGGAAGUAAGCGCCCCUGUGCUCAGUGGAGUACCCUAAGUUACAUAGGCACGGGUUGCGGCCGGCACCUUUUUGAAGGACUUGUUUUGCGUAAGCCUGCAACCCUAGAUCCGCUUACCUGGGAGUAAGCCCGCUAUGUCUCUUACUCCUGAGUAAGGUUACAGAAGGUAGCUUCUUCACUUACUUCCAGCCAAAACACAUGCUGCGUGAUUUGAUUGCAUCUAUACAGGGAGACCAGCCUCCACCCACUCCCCGAUUGCAGGGGGUUAGACUAAAUGACUAUUUGGGUUCCUUCUAAUUCUUAAAAAAAAAUAAUUAUGAUUCCAAGGGAACGAAAACCAGCUUCACACCCUCCCCAUUCACAAGUUCUUAAGCCACUCCUCUUCCUCCUCCCUACCCUCCUCCCUAUUGGCCGCGGGCCGAGGAGCUCCGCCCCUUUCGAACGUUGCGUAUCCGGCUUCGAAGGACCCGGCAGCAGCUCUGCCCGCUGCCUCCCCCCCCCCACCCCGCCCCCACGUGGGCCUUGCAAAGGGGAAACUAAGGUAAAGGCGGGGAGGGGGGAGGUCUUGGAUCAAUGGACUAGCUGGUCCGGUCCAUUCUUCAGUGAGAGGCCUGGGAAGGAGUCCCGCCCACCUCUUGGUGGAGGAGAGGGACUAAUGGGGUAAUAAGGGAGAAAAGGGGAGUCCCCCCCCCAGGGUGCUGCUUCGCACCGAGUCAGACCACCCCCGGCCCUUCUCGCUCAAUAUUGCCUACACUGACUGGCAGUUGUAGCUCUCCGGGAUCUCAGGCACUUCCAGCUCUCCCACUGAGGAAUCGAACUUGGGAAGUUUCGCAUGCAAAGCAGCUUCGCCGCCGCUGAGCUACGGCUCGUUUUCCCUUUUGCAGUUGCAGCUACGGCUUGCUUCUGAAGGACAGCCUGCCAUCGUGGGUGACAUUGUGUGCGUGUGUCCCGUGGCGGGCUGGCUCGAUCCAAAUGCCACAGGUCCAGAGUGUAAACAUCUAAUGUGGAGCUGGUUUGAUUUUCGGAUGCACCUUAAAGUCAGCUUGCUCCCUGCAAGGAGAAAAGUAGCAAGGGAGCCAAGCGAACCCUUUUGCCCCAUCUGCUAGCUUUCCGCUUGCAGGGUUUGCUUGUUUCCCACAGAGAUCCAACACAAGGUGAAAAGUGGCACAGCAGAGAGAGAGAUCUCCCACCUUCGUUGGUACGGUCAGCUUUACCACCUCAGGUUGGGAGGCCAGAGAAGCGAAAGUGAGGACUCCUGGACCCUUACACAAGUAUUAAAGGUGCAAGGGUCCUGUUCUCUGUUUCACCUUUGCCCCAUGACUCUGCUCCCUCAUUCGGCUGUGUGUAUCUGGCCACAUGCUGUUGUGCUACGUUACACGGCAAUGCUGUAACCACAACUGAGCUUCAAAACUGUCGUGCAGGCCAAAGAUCUGUCUAAUCCAGCAUAAAUUAAACAAAUUAAAUUCUCAUAUAUCUCAUAUUAAUGAGAUAAAUUUAGGACCAUUUCUGCAACAAGUGCUCAUUUCGCAAAAAUUAUAUCCUGUGCUUUUCCCCUCCUCUGGGGCCUACUCCCUGGUAUUUUAUCUGUGUUGUUUUAACAGAGACUCGGUCUGGCAAAAAAGCAAGAUAUAAAAAGUAAUUUAUACCUCUCAUCUUAUUGUGUGACAGAUUUUGCCUCCUGACAACACCUCUCCUAAGACCAUCGGUACCUAUUUCUGCCCAGAGGACCAAUCAUGGCUGGAAGAGGCGGCAGAGGGAGGGGCCGCGGCGGUCACAUGACCUUCAACGUUGAAGCUGUGGGCAUCGGAAAGGGGGAGGCUCUGCCCCCACCCACCCUCCAACCAUCCCCACUGUUUCCUGUGAGUCUGGAUUGCUUUUUCUCAAUUUCUUCCCCCACCCCUUUAUUAUAUUUAUUUACGUUCCAUAUCAAACAUGUAUUACCAAAGCAAUGUUGAUUUAAAACAUAAAUAAAAAUAGGUUAUAUAAAACAAUGAAUCCUUUAAAGGAAACUGUAGUAUUGAAUAUUAAAGGUAAAGGUAAAAGGACCCCUGACCAUUUAGGUCCAGUCGUGGCCGACUCUGGGGUUGCGGCGCUCAUCUUGCUUUAUUGGCCGAGGGAGCCGGCGUACAGUUUCCGGGUCAUGUGGCCAGCAUGACUAAGCCGCUUCUGGCGAACCAGAGCAGCACACGGAAAAGCCGUUUACCUUCCUGCCAGAGUGGUACCUAUUUAUCUACUUGCACUCUGACGUGCUUUCUAACUGCUAGGUUGGCAGGAGCAGGGACCGAGCAACGGGAGCUCACCCUGUCGCAGGAAUUCAAACCGCCGACCUUCUGAUCGGCAAGCCCUAGGCUCUGUGGUUUAACCCACAACGCCACCUGCGUCCCUAGUAUUGAAUAUUAUAGUAGAUCAAAUAUUAUGUUAAAUAGAAUAUUUUUAAUCCUACCAGUAGAAUGUAUUGUGCUUUAAAGAAACGUAACCUGAAUCCUGAAAUACUGUUUGUAGGGUAGCCAGGUGGUGGUAUUUCUAUUUAUACCGUGAUCCAUUUUACAUUUUUUUCUUAAUUUGAUCUUGGGGGGGUGUCUAGAAAAAUCAGACAUAUUAAUUUAUCCAAUAAAAUUAUCCGUAUUUAUUUAUUGCAUUUAUAAGGAGCUCAAGGUGGCGUACAUGGUUCUCUCCCCUUCCCAUUUCACCCCCCAUUUCAACCCUGUGAGGCAGGUUAACUUAUUGUGUCUCUUUGCCUCUCCCCGUACAGCCCUUAGAAUAUAAACCUGUUCCACUGCAAACGGGAGAGGAGGUUGAAUACAUGUUGGCCCUGAAACAAGAACUGAGGGGUGCUAUGAAGAACCUGCCGUACUUCAUCAAGCCUUCUGCACCAAAGAAAGGUAAAAAAAACAACAACACAACAACCCACCAGGCAAGAAGAAUGCAGAAUUCCUCCUCUGCUAGGAGGACAGUAAAACAGCUGACCCACCUCUUAAAUAUCAAAGGGCAAAAAUAGUUUGCAAUCUUUUAAUCGCUACCCCACCCCAUAGAUUGGCUGACCUGUUUCGGAGUCACAGAACGUUCACCGAUGGGAAUUUUGGGUUUGUUUUUUUGAAGGAGGGGGAAGGGUCAGCCAUGAAUGUUGGAAGUCAUAAGAACAUAAAUAGAGCGUGCUGGAUCAGGCCAAUGGCCCAUCUAGUCCAGCAUCCCAGUGGCCAACCAGGUGCCCCAAUGGGAAACCCAAACACAAGACCCUUUUCCCCUCCAGUGGUUUCCACUAGCUGGCAUUCAGAAGCCUUGCUGCCUCUGGUUCUGGAGGCAGAACAUCGUCAUCAUGGUUAAUAGUCAUUGGUAGCCUUCUCCUCCGUGAAUUUGCCUAAUCCUGUUUUAAGGCCACCCAAGUUGUUGGUCUAUUCCCAGAGCAGUUUUCACAAUCAAUGCCUCUUUCCCAGGGAACUCCCAACUCUUGGCACCCUUAACAAACUACAAUUCCCAUGAUUCUUUGGGGAAAGCCAUGGCUGCUUCAAGUGCUUUGAAUGUAAGGUGCUGAUGUGACCUAUAUCAUCUGGCAGCAUGUGGCCUUGCUGUGAGGAUUGGGCAAUGACAGGCAAACGGGAGCAGAUUCACUCCCAUUUUCCAACCCCUCCUUUCUCUCCACCUCCCUGUUGCUUAGCUGUAUCACCUCUCGGUCUCCUCUUUUCCAGGCUGAGCAUACCCAGAUCCCUAGACCAUUCCUCAUAAGGCUUGGUCUCCAGACCUUUCGCCACCUUCAUCACCCUCCUCUGCACAUGUUGUUAUAGGCAGGUGCAUCCCGGAGAUAUUGCAAAAUCCCCCCAAGUCAAGUUUCCCAGGGUUGUAAAAUCCUUCUCAUCUGUGGUGUCAUAUACACCUUGUUAACCUGAGGCCACCUGGUGUCAUCAGUGUGUGCAAACCCAGUGACUCUAAACCCCAAAUCUCUCUAAAUUUCAGGAUUCCUAGAUCCCUAUCGAGUGGCUGGUUUUCACUGGCCUAAAGCCAGCUUCAGGUUAUGUUGACAAGAGGUCAUUGGCCAAGCUGAUAUUAAACACAGACUUGUGUUCAGCGGAGCACAGCAGAGAUCUUCUGCUGUGAUCCACCAGCCUGGGCGACCUUCUUGGUCGGAGAAGCCCAGAGAAGAGGAUCAUAAGAUGCGAUGGGCAUCUUCCCUCUGUGGGCUUUCAGGAACUGUUCAUUCAUUCUUCGACAAACAUAUUUUUAAAUUCCAGGCUCUGGUUUCACUCAUAGGAUCAAGGCUCUUUGAGCUCCACAGUGACCACUUGAGGAAUUGGAUACUGGGCACACACAAAAUGAGGAUCAACAACUUUCUUCUUCUUUUGAAAGCACACUUCUGGGGUCUCUAAAUAGCCCUGAGAAUAUGUGGGUAGCACCUGGUGGGAAAUCUCAGUGGCUAGAUUGGGAACAGGGUUUUCUGGAAACUGCACAAGGGGGAGAGCAUUGCUGAUGUUCUUCCCAGGAGUGUUUGGUUGACCACAGUGAGAACAGGAGGCUGGACUAGAUGGGCCAUUGGCCUGAUCCAGUGGGCUCUUUUAUGUUCUUUUGUUGUUCUGAGGAUGCUGGAGACCAUUAGAACAGGCUUCCUCAACCUCGGCCCUCCAGAUGUUUUGAGACUACAAUUCCCAUCAUCCCUGACCACUGGCCCUGCUAGCUAGGGAUCAUGGGAGUUGUAGGCCAAAAACAUCUGGAGGGCCAAGGUUGAGGAAGCCUGCAUUAGAACAAAACCUGUGUCAACUCAUAAGAGCAGAGAAGUAAGGGGAGGAAUAAAGUAGGGCCUGUUGGGUAUGGGGGCAAGUAGGAGGCAGCUUCGGGGUGUAAAGAGGGCCGGCCCAUGAAGAGAACCACAAGUUAGCCACACCGGGUUUAGUCAAGUCCCUACAUCUGUGUGUGGGUUGGUAGAAUGGCUUGUUUCUUGAAACCUGUCUGCAUCCUGCAUUUUCCAGAUGUGGAACGCUAUUCCGACAAGUAUCAGAUGUCCACUCCUGUUGACAAUGCCAUUGAGUGGAGUCCUGGUAAGUCGGAGAAUAUUUUAUUUAGUUGCAUUUAUUUGGAUAUUUGCACAUCCCACACCAGCCUCAAGGGCUCCUUUCCCCCCUUGCCUUAGAUAUAUUGGAAGAUAUUUAUAUAUCAUUUUCCAUUACAAAAAAACCCCAAAAACAAAUACAAGUACAAAUUGGUGAAAACAUACCAUGAAACAGUAAAAGCGACAUAGAAACAGAUGAGACGUAAGUUGCAUGCAGGGUGGAACCGUUGAAAUUAAUCAACCUAAGUUAGUCAUUAUUUGUGAGGUGGUUUGGAAGGUACAGUUGCAUUCCAUAUGCAUCAUCCCAUUACAGCCCUUACAACAAACUUGUGAGUUAGGCUGAUGUUAUUACCCCCAUAUUAGCAGUGGGCACGGAAGGGCCAAGGUAGGAUCCUGUCUCCCCACCCCACAUUAUUCCCCCAGCCCACCUUGCCAACAGAAGUGAAUGAGACCUGUGUAGAGUAUACACAGAUAGAGUUCCCUGCUUAGAGCACAAGGCAAAAUUCCGACUUAGGGGUUUUGGGGGGGGGAUUUUUUGGGGGGGGGUAAAUAAAUGGUGUUAUUAGGAAUUUUGAAUGGCUCUGAAGAACAGAAGUGGUGGAUUUUAUAAGAAAAUCCAGCUGGACCUUCCACAUGUGCCCAAGUAGUUAAAUUUUGCUUGGCUAUUUAUCUUUGCAGAUUGGAAACAGCUACCCCAAGAAUUAAAGAUCCGGGUGCGGAAGAUUAAAAAGCAGAGUAAGUACUUCUCCGCGUUCAAGCUAAAGUCAGAACAGCAGCAACAGAAACCCCCUUUCCUGACUUUUACGCUUUCGCACCCCACGAUUGCCCAGCUGCAGAACAGGGAUUUGACCCUUCUUCUCUGCGACUCAAAUGGCAGCACUCUGCUCACCCAGCUCUUAAGUAUUUGCAUCCAGUAGGCCCCCACCACUGGUUUAGGAAGCAAUGUGCGCACACUAUCAGCCACAAUCCAUAUCUAUCCUGUGAGAAAAGCUGCCUUUUCAUCUCCCCGCAAGCAGGCCAGCUUUGAUCUGAUUUGAAGGCGUAAUCCUUAUUUCUUUCUUGCAUUUAUAUAUUCCUUUUUUUAAAAAAGGUUUUAUGUAUACUUUUCAGGUUUAUACAUUUUAUUAGUUUUACAAUCAAUUUAACAUUUCAAAGUUUGACUUCCUUCCCCUCUUUCUGAAGUUCCUUAAAUUUAUUUUUUAAUAUUUUCUGCAUAUCCAAAUUCGUUUAAUUGGCUCAUUUUUCUUAUCUACUUUAAAUAUAUACUCUUAUGAAAUUGCAGGUUGUUACAAUAAUCCUGUCAAUGUUCUUAUCUGUUUACAAUUUAUCUGUAAAUAAAUAAAUCAAGAUAAGAGUUUGUUAUCUUGAUUUCUUAUGCUUCCGGUAAGUUUUGCCAUUUCUGUAUAUUCCAUAAGUUUUUGUAUCCAUUUUUCCUUUGCUGGAACUUCUGCUUCUUUCCACUUUGGGGCAAGUAGCAGUCUUGCUGCUGUAGUUGCAUACCUAGAUAAAUUUCUAUAGAAUUUAGGUAGUUCUGUCCCUAUAAUUCCCAAAGGAAAAGCUUCUGGGCUUUUUUUAAACAAACGUUAUUUUGAACAGCCUUUUCAAUUAAUUGUAUAUCAUUUCCCAUUUAUAUAUUCCACCUUUUUCUCCACGGAGCUCAAGGUGGCGUACAUAGUUCUCAUUCCCCCUCCCCCCAUUUUAUCCUCACAACAACCCUGUGAGGUAGGUUAGGUUGAGAGUGAGUGGCUGGCCUCAAAUCACUCUAACCACUGCACCACACAGCCUCUACGAAGACAGCCAUGCCUCCUCCCCACCCGCUGGUGUGUGGACAGACAGCAACUUGGAAGCACACACCCAGCUGUGUACAGUGUGCAAAUGCGAUUUGAAACAGAGGGGGUGGAAACAGCUCCACCGCGUCUUAAGCCGGUAAUGUGUGCACAGCCUAAAGCUCUGCCCACUGUACCAUGCUGCCUCUGCCAGUUUACAAGGGUUCUUUCCCGUCAAAACCCAUUUAGCUUUUCCUGAAUUGCCCAAGUCCCCAUUUACGCAGCUUACUGUUCAGUUUUAUGGGGAAUUUAGUGACAGAUUUCCGCUCAGAAUUCCCACACCCUUUCCCGGUUUAAUCCUCAGCGAGAUGAGUUCAGACAGGCAGAGUUUGUCACCCUUUUGAAGAGAGCUGAGGCCUCUGUAAAUCCAAGGUGGGAAAAAGUCUUGUAACUGGCAAGCAGGGCCUGAGAGAACCUUCUGCCCUUGAUGCCCAACCCUGGUGCAGAAAUGAUCACGUUAAGAGGAUGUCCUUGGUUGGUGGGUCUUCAAAAUGGAGGGUGAGGGAGAAGAUGGUGGUCUCUUGGGUACGUUGGGCCUAACCUUACUAGGAUUUUAUAAAUUGCCACUUUUCAAAGUUUUCUGCCCCUGCCACAUUAAUGUGCCAAAGAACCCGUGUGUUGCAGAGGAUUCUGGGACAUGCCAUGGCUUUCGGUUAAGCAGAUGAACCCAGAACCCUCAUUUUUGCCCCUUGUGAGCUGAGAGGCCACAUUCGCACCAUAUAUUUUAAGCACUAUGAUACCACUUUAGAUAGUUGUGGCUUCCCCCUGAGAAUUCUGGGAGCUGUAGUUUGUUUAAGGGUGCUGAGGAGGCCACAAAUUCCCCACAGAGCUACAAUUCCCAGACUUCCCUGAGAAGAGGGGUUGAUUGUUAAACCACUCUGGGAAUUGUAGCUUCGGGAGGGGGACAGCGAAAAUGUCGAGAUGUUUCCCAUGGUUGAUUGUGGGAGCCUUAUUAUUUAAUAUAUAAACUAAGGUGAUAUAUAUAUAUAUAUAUAUAUAUAUAAUUUUCUAGCUGUUUAUAUUAUCUGUAUGUGUGUAUUGAGCUGUUGAAUGUUUUGGAGGCCUUGACUCUUCGUUGCUCUUUGUGGCUCCUUGUUGUGAAUGUUUUCUAUUUAGGAACUGUUGACCACACAAGUAGGUAAGAUAGCCAUAGAAUCAUAGAAUCAUAGAGUUGGAAGAGACCACAAGGGCCAUUGAGUCCAACCCCCUGCCAAGCAGGAAACACCAUCAGAGCACUCCUGACAUAUGGUUGUCAAGCCUCUGCUUAAAGACCUCCAAAGAAGGAGACUCCACCACACUCCUUGGCAGCAAAUUCCACUGUCGAACAGCUCUUACUGUCAGGAAGUUCUUCCUAAUGUUUAGGUGGAAUCUUCUUUCUUGUAGUUUGGAUCCAUUGCUCCGUGUCCGCUUCUCUGGGGCAGCAGAAAACAACCUUUCUCCCUCCUCUAUGUGACAUCCUUUUAUAUAUUUGAACAUGGCUAUCAUAUCACCCCUUAACCUCCUCUUCUCCAGGCUAAACAUGCCCAGCUCUCUUAGCCGUUCCUCAUAAGCCAGCUCCUUGAAUUAUGCCUGGGGAAAAAUGGGCAGCCUUCAGGAGAUGUCGGUGUGCUGAUGUAAAUGUAUGCAAGGGCUGUAGGGCAUCUUUUGUGUGCAGAAGGUCAUGGGUUCAAUCCCCAGUGGCGUCUCCCAGUAAGACUGGGAAUGUCCCAGGUGGACUAAUGGUCUGGCUUUGGUACAGAAGCAGCUUCCAGCAUUUAUCCUGCUGUCCUCUCUCUGCGGUGUUAACCUGAUGGUCUCUUUUUGGUACAGGAGCCACCAUCCUUACCCCCAGGCGCAAAACUCAGUUGCCAGUAGACAAAGAAGAAGCCAUCAAGAAGCUGGAGGUAAGAACAUAAGAUGAGCCUGCUGGAUGAGGCCUAUGGCCCAUCUGGUCCAGUAUCCUGUUCUCACAGGGGCCAGUCAAAUGCCUCUGGGAAGCCAAGACAAGAGCACUUUUUGCCCUUCUGUAGUUUAAAGCAACUGGCUUUCAGAAACAUUAAGGCCAGGGUGAAGAGGUGUGUCUUCCGCAUCCUCCGAAAGCUGUACAAUGAAGGUGCAGACGGACCUCUGCAGAGAGGGAGUUCUGCAGUUUAGGGGCCACCACAGAUUAGACCUCUUGGAUCAUAACCACCACCCCUGAGCCUCUGAGAGCAGAGGAGCUACCAAGAAGGCUGGUCUGUAGGGAAGAAGGCAGUUUUUCUGAUAUCUGGGGCCUGCAUUGUUCCAUGAGCACCUUGGAUUAGACCCAGAUAUGAACUGGCAACCAGUGCAGCUGUUUUAGAACAGGGGGUAAAUCAGAAUUGUAGAGUGGGGAGGUCCUCCAGGGGUCAUCUAGUCCAACCCAUGCAAUGCAGGAAUCACAGCUGAGGAAUCCCCGAGAGUGGCUCCUGUAUUUAUAAACAAUCCAACCUCUUGUUUAUAAAUCACCAAUGAAAGAGAGCCCAACUUUCCUGGGUCAUCUGUUCAACUGUCAAACAGCUCUAACCGUCAGGAUUAUAUGUGAGAUCUAAACGGAACCCCAGCCACUAAUCUGGCUGCUGUAUUUUAGACCAAAUGAAGUUUCAUCUUGAAUCAACCAGAGACGGUGAGAUCCAUCGCAAGUUGGGAGUGAGUUGUAUAUAAUAGGAUGGAGGACAGGAGGCCGAAUCAAGACUCCCCCCCCCCCCUUCACCCAGUUCAUGUGAUGGUUCCUUUGGGUCUCAGAUCAUGUUCUCAGCGCUAGGAGUCUGCCCUUGAAAUUGUGAUAUAAUAAGCUUGUAUCUUAAUACUUUUCAAUUGUUUCCUAGACUUUGGAAAAGAAAGAGGAGGAGGUGACGUCUGAAGAGGAAGAGGAGAAAGAAGAGGGAGAAGAAGGGAAGGAAGAGGAGGAGGAGGAAUACGACGAGGAAGAAUUUGAGGAGGUAUGGAGGACAAAAAUCAGAAACGCAGACCCGUCUUUGGCAAGAGGUGCACCCUGCCGUUUCUCUGAGUUGAGGGGUUCAGGCAGCCUUCCCUGCACAACCCCCGCUUGCUAACGCCACCACUAGACUUCUUUCCUUAGCUAAAAAAGUGUGUGCGGUGCCAUCCCAGAAAGGUUUCUCUGCUCCCUAAAAUUCGGAGAGGCAUCCAACUGGGAUCCAUUUGGCAGGAGGGUUUUGGAUAUCUGCACUUUUUAAAGCUGAGAAAUCAGCGUUGACCAGCGAAUUCAAGGCAUGAGAUAUUCACAUUUUGUUUCCUUUUUUUUUUUAAAAAAAGGAAUGUGCUUGUAGUCCAUAAGGAUAAGCUAGAAAGUGUGUGGGCCACAUCUGAUGAAACCUCGGAAAGCCAGGAUGUCCAAAACAUCUGGAGGAGCAUCAGGUUCAUAGAAUCAUAGAACUGUAGAGUUGGAAGGGGUCCCCAAGGGACAUCUAGUCCAACCCACUGCAAUGCAGGAAUCACAGCUAAAAAUUCCUGGCAGGUGGCCAUCCAACCUCUGUUUAAAAAUCUCUAAUGAAGGAGAGUCCACCACCUUCCGAGGUGGUCCAUUCCAUGGACAAACAGCUCUUAACCCUCAAAAAGGUUUUCCUAAUGUUGAGAGGAAAUCCCCUUUCUUGUUAUUUGAACCUGUUGGUUUUAGCAAAAGCUUGUUCUAAACUCUCAUCUCCACUGCACCCAUUUAUUCUUCUUCAACAGGAGACGGAUUACAUCAUGUCCUACUUCGACAACGGUGAAGAUUUCGGGGGCGACAGCGACGACAACAUAGAUGAAGCCAUUUACUGAAUGGGGUGGCCCACCCGGUUUGCAAACAGGGAGGUGCGUCUCACAAGCGCCCCAAACAUCUCUCCCCCACUGAGGAGCCUUUUCUGCUGCCCCUUUGGGGUCCUUGGAUGGACAAACUGUCUGGCUUCGGAUAGGCUCCUGAUUGCUUUCUGUGGGGCCCCUUCACAAGCGGAACCUGCCGGAACGUCUGCUCAUUCGGCCUCUAGGUGGCAUCGCUGAUCCAUUCUUCCCUGGGUGCUCUGUGUGUGUCUCUGUGGGCACCUGUUGACAAAACCAGCACAGGAACAUUGGAUCUUCGGCUUCCUCCAUUUUCUUCUGGAAAAUGUGGGUCCCCUUGGGUUUAGUAGGAGAGCGUGUGAACUCCUGACACACCUGGCUUUCUUUCCUGAGCCUAGGAAGGAAAUGGAAUCCUUCCAGAAGACACUGAAAGGGACUUUUAUCUGCGGUGUUAAUUCACAGCAAAAAACAUUCCUCUCGUUUGAUCUUCUCUUUUGUAACGAUGCCUUGCGUUUGUUUUUCCUCUUGUGCGGAAGGCAGUGCCAAACGGAUGCCAAAGAUACAGAUUUUUUUCUUUGGGAAGUAUUUUAACGGGACGGUUUUAAAUUCCACUUUUCUACUUUUGACUUUGUGAGGCCCUGUUGAAGAUGAAGGGGAUGAAUAGGAGGCAAAGGAGAUAGCCAGCCUCUUUGAAGAGUUGCCAAGAAUCUCCCACAAUCCUCUGGAGCCUGUGAAGGGACACAGUCCCUGUUUCGUGGAAUGCCUGUGCAUAGAAGUUCCCAUUUUGAGAUGUACAAAACCCGAUUUUUAACUUGUAUUUUAAUCAGCAACGAGGUUUCGGUGCUGUACUUUGGUUUGGCUGAGAGCUGCCAGCUGCAUCCACAACUUUCCCAUCUCAGGCAUAACUGUUGAAGAUGGUGGGGCUAUUCCCCCACACCCUGUGAUAUUUAACCCUUAUCAAGAUUUUUGCAAGCACAGCUGGGCUAAAUAUUCACCCCACCUUCCUGGAGCCAUUUAUCAGCUGCUAAAGAAGAAGGACUUUUUAAAGGUCUUAUAGUUUUCAAGGGUGUCAUCCUGUCUUUAAAAUGCAGUGUGGACAAAGGUUCCCCUCCCUCUUCCUUUUACAAAAAAACAAAGCCCCCAAAUUGAAACAGGCUGGCCAACCACUGCAAGCAGGCCAUGCACAUUUCUGAGACAGACUGCCCAGCCACUCAGUCUCAAAGAUGCUCUGUCUUCUGCUUCCUCCUAAUAUUUCCCCUGGGAACAGUGUUUGUGACCAAUGGGAAUCCUGACACACUGACAAACAGAGCAUCCCACCCAGUCCUGUUCCCUUUAGGAAUCCUUCAGCUGGUUCAGAAGGUCCUUUCUUUGAACCAGCUCCCUGAUUUGCAGCAUAUUCUCAAGCAAUCCCUAAAAGUCUCAGUGAAGCAGAUGAGUGGAUAAAGAGAAGACUUUGAGGUUAGGGACUUUCCUCUAAAGUAGGAUUGCUGCAAGACGGAGCCCUUCCCUUUAUUUUUGCCUGUUGGCAAGUUUUCAAAAUGCCGCUCCUUUUUACAGUGUGCGUGUGUGUGAGUAUAUAUGUGUCUGCAUAUAAAUUAUUUUAUUGCAAUAAAAGUUUCCACAUUUCCCCCC